AUGGCUAGAGCUUUAACCCGUAUGACAGAAUUUCUUCAACAGAAUUUUCCGCCGCAAAGGGAGCAACAGAACGGUUGUCCGUACGAACGCUUUUUAGCUCAUAGGACCCCUACUUUUUCUGGGCAAGAGGAUCCACUUCGUGCUGGAAAGUGGAUUAGUGAUCUCGAAAAGACAUUUGAGAUCUGUGGGUGUACUGAAACUCAAAAGGUGUUAUACGCAAGUUACCUGUUGCAAGGUGAUGCGACUGCUUGGUGGGGAACCAAGCGGGAGCUUCUGGAAAUGGAGUUAGGAUCUAUUCCGGCGGUAUCUUGGCCGCGAUUUAAAAAGGAAUUCAAUGAUCUUUUCUUCCUGAGUACUAUGAGGAAACAAAAGGCACGAGAGUUUAACAAUUUAGUACAAGGGGUGAUGACGGUUGAGCAGUAUGCCCGGAAGUUUAUAGAACUCGGGAAGUUUGCUACACAUUUGAUUGCUAUGGAAGAGAUGCGGAUCGAGCGAUUUCAGGAGGGUCUACGGCGGGAGAUCCGUAGACAGGUUGCUUGCUUGCAAAUUCUGACUUUUCAGCAAUUAGUAGAGGUUGCUUCGAUUGCAGAGCGGGAGUUUAUUGAUCCUGUUGCUACACCAAUUGGGCAAAAGAGAAGAGUUUUCGGGGAAGGAAGUAGUUCGGGAUCUGCACCUAAGUUUAUUUCUAGGACUGGGGCCCAACCACAGAUGGCCACCGGAGUACGAAUGGGAGGUCGAGCACCAAUAUGUGGCAAAUGCAAUAGGUCGCAUGUCGGCGAGUGCCACAUGUCUGGGAUUCAGUGUUUCAGAUGCGGGCAAACAAGACAUCUUGCUCGCAGCUGCCCUACCAUCAUACAGGCAAAUCAAGGCUGUUACCGUGGUGGGAGGACUACCUCAAGACCAACUAUUCAAGCUAGGGUCUAUGCUGUGACACCUGGUGAGGUAGAUGAUGAAGCUCAGGAAACCCAAAAUGCUGGAGUCAUCACAGGUAGAGUUCGACUAUAUGAUUAUUAUGCUUGCACUUUAUUUGACUCGGGAGCAUCUUAG